AUGGGGCGUUCACUCGAAGAGAUUGAUCUCAUUUUCCGUGAGAGUCCAUCGGUAUGGGCGACUGUUCGAUUUGCCAACAAUCGACCGAUCGAAUCCAUGCCUGAUCUUCCCCAGGACACCCAGGCAAAGGUUGAAGUGGAGCAUGAAGAGUACUCGAUCAAGUCUGCGAGUAGAUGA